AUAAUGGGAAUACUUGGAAUUAUACAUGCUGCGGCGGACUAUCUUCUGACCUGGGUCAAGCUGAUCCAAAACCGCGAGGUCGGCUGGCCCACGAUCAACCGCAAGACAGGGAAAUAUAUGCGCGAGCAGCAGCCUCUGUGGAAGAAACUCAAGCUGCUCCUGUUGUUCAACCCGCUAACGACAUGGCUGGACACAACGCAUGCGAUGAGGCUGUAUAUGCACAACAGCGCGAUUAAAGAGGGGGAGAAAGAAGCAACCCCCGGCUCAGCAAAACGCAUCCGAGAAUUCAUCUCGUUCUUCCACAUAAACAUGGAUGAUUUUGAACCUUCUGACCCAAGCGCGUACAGAACAUUCGAGGACUUCUUCAUCCGCCACCAUAAACCGGGCACACGGUCGAUACACGAGCAUAGUGACCCCAAAUCUGCCGUUGUGGUUGCGGACUCCCGGGUCGUGGUCUAUGAUGAAAUCGCCGAGAGCAAGAAGAUCUGGAUAAAAGGCGAGGACUUUUCAAUAACGAAUCUUGUUAUGGAUAGGAAACUGGGCCCGCAGUUUAAGGACGGACCUGUUGCGAGCUUUAGGUUGUCGCCGCAGGAUUAUCAUCGCUAUCAUAGCCCUGUCACGGGGAAAAUCAAGUUAUAUCGCAGCAUGCCUGGGGAUUAUUACGAGGUUGACCCGUUGGCCCUGCGGAGCGGAGUAGAUAUUCUGACGAGGAAUGCGCGGGACUACGUGGUGAUAGAGACGGAAGAGUUUGGGGAUGUGUUAUUUGUGGCGAUUGGAGCGAGUCAGGUUGGGACUGUUGAGAUCCACGAGAAAUGGCAGAACCCCGGAGCUAAGAUUACAAAGGGGGACGAGCUGGGGAUAUUCCAGUUUGGUGGCUCGAGCAUCGUUGUUGCUUUCCAGAGGAACAGAAUUUGCUUUGACGAGGACUUGAUCUGGCCGAGUAAGCAUGCUGUUGCGGUGGAUGUCGAAGUCGGUAUGAGCCUUGGUCGUGCUGUAAAAGCGUAGUUAUUAUAUGCCGUACAUAUACCGUUACCUUUGUACGUGUGUAUUGCAACAGUUCAUUCCCCUUAUAUAUUCUUCAUAAUUAUACCAAGAGAUGGCCUAUUACACCUUUUUCGGGACUUCAAACUGAACCCCUUUCUCCUGGAUCUUCAGCAGACCAUCGUUAUAGUUAUCCAACGGCGCAUCGGCCUCAACAAGCCUCCAAACCUCCUCAAUCAGCUGCACCACAUCCGGACUCAGAGGCCCCUUCUUCGCAAGCCCAAUAGUCUCCCUCAACUGCUCCACAUUGCGCGCCCCAAAGAUAACCCUAUCGCCAUGCUCCCCCUUCAACGCCGAGUUAUGGAUAACCCACCGGUACGCCAGCUCCACCUUGGGAAUGCCCGUCUGCUUGGAAAUCUCCUCCCAGAGCUUCAACCCCUCAAACAUCGUCGGCUUGUUAUACAGCUCGUGGUACAAAGCCCCAACGCUGGACGACGGG